AUGACAAAUAAUCAUCCCUCGAGGCCACGUGGCAAGCUCCCAGCUCCAAAACUUGGCGGGUGCUUAUGUCACCUAAAACCCCAUAGAGGGGCACUUUCGUCAUUUCAUAAAAAAACUGCCCUCUUUCCCUCCAUCCUCGGCUCCUCCCCAAAACCCCAAUCGCUAGGGUUUAUUUGCUCUUUCCUUAUCCCCUCCACCGCGCGCCUUACUACAAAUUCUCCUCUGCCGCCAGACCCAAAAAGAGACCGGAGCGUCGCAGACCACAGACGAGAGACAUCCUCUGUUGUCGGUUUUCCUCCCACCUCCGUUAAUUUCUCUUGCUCUGUCGCCAUAGCCAUUGUUCUUCCCCCUCCCUCUCCAAACUCUUUUUGUUCUGUUUCUCUGUUCUCACGAUCGCCCUGCAUGCAAGUAAUCGCAAGCUCGUCUUCACCGAGAGAGAAUUUGUUGUGUGCUAUGGAUCCCGACAUGGAGAAAUCUGGGGGCAGCGUUGAGGAAGACUGUGGGGAGAAGAAGGUUUGCUGCGACUGUAAGACUACAAGGACUCCUCUGUGGAGAAGCGGACCCGCCGGCCCAAAGUCGCUGUGCAACGCUUGUGGAAUCAGGUUCAGGAAGCGGAGAAGAGCUAUGGAAGACCCCACCGCCAAGAAACGAGCCACACCGCUGCCCUCCCCGCCACAGAUAGCCUCUUCCUCCGCGGCUGCCACAAGUACCAGCGAGUCGACCACCACAGCCGACACCGCCAAAUCUUCCUCUGUGGCGACCGUAUCUGCCCGCAGUAACAGCAGUAGUAGUACCAUCUCCGCCGCCGGCCCAGUGAAGGUCAGAGUGGUUUAUUCCGGCAAGAGAGGAGGGAUGAUGGUCCCAAGAUCACCCCCGUCCGUUGCGCGGCAGCAGCCGCAUCCCUCAGAGGUGGUGGUGAAGAAGCAGAGCUGCCAAAGGAGGAGAAGGAAGCUGGCGGAAGAAGAACAAGCUGCUUUCGUCUUAAUGGCUCUCUCUUGCGGCGCAGUAUUUGCCUAGGCGAAAAGAAAGGGGAUGACCUAAACAUUGAAGUUCGCAAAAUAAACCUAGAGGGAAGGGGAAAACCACCACCAAAGGCGGCGGUUUUUCAGUUUUUGGUGACUUUUUGAUGAUGAUGUUCUGUUUGUUUGUCCCGCGUUUGAGGAAAUUAGGGGAUAGGAGGAUUUGGGAGAGUAUGUAAUGUAACUAGAUAUAAGACAAUUCACAAUAGUAGCUGUAGCGGUGAUAGUAGUAGUUGACUUAAGAGGGGUUUGGGUUUAAUCUUGUGCGAAAUUUUGGGGACUUUAUGUGUAAAGAAGAAUUUUUUGGUAUCAAAGUCGUAGUAUCUAU